UUCAAGGAGCCGAUUCGUCCACGAGUCGGACAUCGCUAGUUCGCGAUGGCGGCCGAAAGCGCUCAGUUGGCCGGGCUGGUGGAGGAAUUCGUGGCGGGACAGGUGGACAGCAAGGCCGCGGACGUUGCGGCAGGUGUCAAAGCUGGAAACUUUAACAUACUGGAGCUGGUGGAGGCUCUUGGGAUAAGUCUCACGAGUUCUCAGUCUCAGACGCGAGGCAGAGGGGUCCAGCUCCUCUCUGAAGUCCUGCAGGAAUGCUACAGCGGCCUAUCCGAGAGGGAGGUGGAGGUCCUGAUUGCCUUCUACGAAAACAGGCUAAAGGAUCACUAUGCGAUCACACCGCACGUUCUCCGAGGACUCAAGGCCUUGGCGAAGAGUACAGUGCUGCCUCCUGGUUCUGCAGUAUCCAUCCUGAGAUCCCUCUUCCAGGAUGUAAAUGUGCAGUCCCUGAUGUUGGCUGAGCGAUCGUGUGUCUACAACAUGCUGAUCAGCCUCAUGGGGUCCAGAGAGGAUGAGCUGAAGGGUUUGGGCCCAGACUUCGUUUUUGGAUUUGUUCAGGCUGUAGACGGAGAGAGAGAUCCUCGUAACCUCCUGCUGGCGUUCCAGAUAGCAAGAAACAUCAUCCACAGAGGCUACGACCUCAGUCAGUUUACAGAAGAAUUUUUUGAAGUCACAUCCUGCUACUUCCCCAUAGACUUCACACCUCCACCCAACGAUGCUCAUGGGAUCACGCAGGAGGAGCUCAUCCUGGCUCUACGGGGAGUUCUGACAGGGACGCCGCGGUUCGCAGAGUUCCUCCUACCGCUCCUCAUUGAGAAGCUGGACUCAGACGUGCAGAACGCUAAAGUGGACUCUCUACAGACGCUGGCUGCCUGCUCUCCUGCAUACGGACACAAAGAGCUGGCCGAGUUCCUUCCAGGCUUGUGGUCAUCCAUCCGCAGAGAGGUGUUCCAGACGGCGAGUGAGAGGGUGGAGUCUGCAGGUCUGGCUGCUCUUGCUGCGCUCACCUCCUGCCUGUCCCGCUCUGUCCUCACCUCGGACUCUGAGGAUGCUCUGCAGACGUUCCUGGACCAAGUCCUCAAAGAUUGUCAGCACCAUCUGUAUGAGCCGGACCUGAAGCUGGUUUGGCCCAGUGCCAAGCUGCUGCAAGCUGCCUGCGGCGCCUCCUACAGGUCCAGCCUGAUAGUGACUGCGGCGGUGCUGCCCACCCUGCUGGAUCAGUACAGCUCCAGAACUCAGUGUGCCCAGCGGCGCACUCUGCUGGAGGUUCUGCAUGGAUUCAUCCAGCCCACUCCGAGCAGCCGGCCUGCAGAGGGAGAGGAGAGUGUGCUGCUGCCCUUUCAGGUGUCUCUAUGCAGUGCUGUGUUUUCUGCUCUGGCUGAGUCGAGUGCAGGCCUCCAAAUCACUGCUACCAAAGUUCUCGCCACUAUGGGGCAGCAGCCUGGCCUGCUAGCAGAGUCGGAGGUGGAGAAGGUUGUGGAUCAUAUGACCAGACUAGUUCUGGAGGAGGAGGAUGCUCAAGUUAGUUUGGCAGUGGUGGAGUGUGUGGGAUCACUGUCCCGUCUCCAUCCUGCAGCUUUCACCUCCCGGAUGGUUCCACGACUGAAGGAGGAAAUAUUCUCAGAAAAAUCAGAUGACGCCGCUCCAUCGCAGGGUCAGUGUAGGGGAGCUGUUCGGCAGCGGUGUGUGGCGGCGCUGGCUGCUGUGUCCACUCAGCCGGUACUGGUGAGGGAAAGUGCUCCGGUUCUGCUGCAGGUUCUGUCUUCAGUGCAUUCAGGUAGCAGCAGUUUCUCUGUAGAGGAAGUGACCUCAGUGUGCCACAGUCUGCAGAGGAUAGCUGAACAGGCCGGAGGUGUGGAGGAGAUAGGCCGCUUUUUCCAUGAUGCAGUCAUUCCUCAACUGCUGGCACUGACCCUUCAGGCAGCUCUGCAGAGUCUGAAGAGCUCAGAUCACAGCAGCGCUCUCACGCAGGAGGCUGUACUGUCUGCUGUAGUUCCUGUUAUAAGCACUGCCUGUGCAGCACUGCAGACAGACCUUGCUGCCAAGAUGGCUGCCCAGGUCGUGUCCCUCUUCCUGGAUGGAGAUGUCUCCUUCUUGCCGGACAAUGCCUACCCAUCCCAAAUCCAGCUGCUAAAAAGCCAGUCUGAGUCGUGGACCCAGUCUCAGCUGGUGUGUCUGCUCAUGGGCUGUGUGUGUUCACUCCCUCGCAGCGUGGACGUUCCCGACGUUGACCGGCUGCUGGGACAGUUGGAGGAGCUGAGCUGCUCGUGCUCACACGCGUUCUCCUACACGUCCGCCGCCAAGUGCUUCGCCGGCCUGAUCAACAAGAGAGCAGCAGGCCAAGCCCUAGAUGCUGUUGUGGAGAAGACUCUGGAAAGGAUUAGAACGACAUUAGACUGUGAAUCUUCUGCCCAUCGGAUUCAAGCCUUCACCUUACUAGUCUGGGUGGCCAAAGCCCUGCUUCUGCGGUAUCAUCCCCUAUCAGCAGUUUCCACUGACAAGAUCUUCUCCCUGUUGAGUGAUCCUCAGCUGGGUUCUCAGGCCGCCGACAGUUUCUCCCUCCUCAUGAGCGACUCUCCGGAUGUGCUGAACCGCAGCUGCCACGCAGACGUGCGCAUCAUGUACAGACAGCGCUUCUUCGCCGAGAACUCGGCCAAACUUGUGCAGGGCUUCAACUGCGCGGAACAAGAGAGCAAGUCUGUGUAUCUGAAGGCCUUGUCACACAUUGUAAAUAAUCUGCCCAGACAGGUCCAGCUCUCCGAGCUGCCGGCGUUGCUGCCGCUGCUGCUGGAGGCGCUGUCGUGUCCGGACCAGGCGGUGCAGCUCUCCACACUGUCCUGCCUUCAGCCGGUGCUGCUGGACCCGCCCCCUGCCCUGACCACACAGCUGGAGGCCCUGUUCUCCCGCCUGCUGGCUCUCACCUCCAGCCCUGCUAUGAAGGUGAGGAUGGCGGCUCUGCGCUGUGUCCACGCUCUCUCCCGCCUCCCUGAACACAUGGUCCUGCCGUUCCGUGCCAGAGUGCUGCGGGCCCUGGCUCCUCCUCUGGAUGAUAAGAAGAGGCUGGUGAGGAAGGAGGCGGUGUCUGCCCGUGGAGAAUGGUUUUUGUUGGGGAGUCCAGGAGGAAGGUGAUGCCCCCCAGUGCUGCUGUCCUCCUCCCGGUUAAAGGCCCUGCACGGAGACCCCGCUGGCGAAUGAACACCUCACCGCCCACAGCCUUUCCUCUCAGAUCUUACUCAUUUCUGUACCGCAUCUGUCCUGAACACGCACAAUCAGAGUGGAGUUAGCCUUCCUGGCCUCGGUCAGGUUUCGCAGGUAGCGGGAGCCACAUGUAUGGAAAUGUACCAAACUGCUGCCCUGCUGUUUUUAAUGCCUUUAGAGUAGCUGCUCGGCCUGUAUUAUCCAGAGGGUGGUGCUGUAGUGACCAGGAUUGCUAGUACAAUUAUUUUGAAGCGUUAUGAAGACCUCAGCAGUGUCUCACUGGACUAAAACAUGAAGGGUUGGGUGCUCAGACAGGGAUUAAGCCUAGUUAUAGACUACAUAUACCUUUCCAUAUAGAAAACUCAAUUUAAAAUGUGGUGAAGUUCAACACUAGGCUUAAUCCCUGUCUGGGAAAUUACCACUUAGGCAUAGAUUAAGCCUAGUACUAGAUUAUAAUUUCCUUUCAGUGCAAAAUCUCCUCCGUUCAAUCUCCUAGUCUUAAUCUCUGUCUGAGAAUGCAGCCCUAUGUUUUACAGCAGAGCAGAUAUCCUGGUAAAACUGAAGGACACACCCCUUGUUAUGUAAAAUACAAACUUUAAGAGAUAGUUUACUGACAUUCACUGACGUUCCUGAAUAAUUUUGUUUUAAUUAAGCUGCACGAAAUGCAGAAAUGACAAAUUUAUAAGCAAACAUAAAAUACCAUAUUAACCACCUUUCCAUCAGUGUUUUAAACAUGCCCGACGUUCUCAAAGCCACACAGGGUGGCGGUUGUUCGUUUAGUCUCACUGGCCGACUAACACUGAAGCCUCACAAUGAAACUUAUGCCAAGGAUAUAGUGGAUAAUAUUUAAGUGUCAAUAACUUGUCAAUAAAUUUCUUAUUGUAAAUGUG